UUAGUGUUGCGUACUAAGGUUCGCUUUGAUGAGAAACAUUUACUAAGGUGUAUUUAUGGUCAUAAUUUAAUCAGUGUGCAAUCAAAAGAGAACUAAAAUACCGCUCAGCCCUGUUCCUCGCUUGAAAGGAAUUACAAAUAAAAAAUUUCAUCACCUCGCUGGCUGCACUGCUACCACCAACGAAGAGUGACGUUUUCAUUUCCGCUGACACAACAGCGGCAGAACGAGAACCCGCACCGACGACAACAGCAACCGCGCGUGGUGCCACUAGUUUGCGAAAGAAAAUAAGUGUAGUGAGAACGGAAUCGGGCCAAAUCUCCAGACCUGCGGGCCGGGCAAGACACCAACCAGUAACCCGGCGGCGGCGACCAUCUUUGCGUCCAGGAUUCCACACAUAAGGCAAGGAUUUCGACGGCCAAUCAGUGACUCUUAGCUGCUGGAAGGACGGUGCCAACAUAUUCCGGUACCCGCUGUAAGUUCCGCCCUUGCCGGCAUAAGACACCAUCUAAUCCUUACAUUUUGCACAGGAUUAAAUCUUCCGACUGCAUCCACGUCGCACAACUGGUAGCACACGGCCGGUUCUUACGCGGUUCUCCACACUUGGAUCGCCCAGCAAAAGUAAGUCCACGAGUUAACCACGUGCAGACACAAACAUUAACAUGGUUGCAUUCGACAGGCACAGCAACGCAUUCGGAACAGGAGGUGGCUCAGCCGGCAGGGAGGUCGGUCGUCCGUCAGAUCGGAUCAGGCAGGAACACACGAAAGGCCCCGAAGGGGCCUUUUGUUUUGUGGAACCAUUCAUAACCACGGCUGAAUCCGAAUCGACAACGGACAUCGCGACCAGCCGAGAGAGAGGAUUCACGUUCAGGAUUGCAGCCAUUCUGGCCUGUUGGCUGGAGAUCCCCGUCAUCAUCCGCCGCGGCUGCUGCUACACGUCAAGAGGGGGAGCGUUCAUCAAGUCGGACGAUUGGGUCCCGUUAUUCCAUGCGCUGUCCUUGGAUCGCGGCAAGUGGCAACAGCAGCGCUAACCGCCGACGUUUGACCCCAAGGAGACAAGAUCGACCAAGAGGCGAGACGUAGAGGGCAUUCGGCCUCUCGUGUAGAUAGAGCUUCUCAUCAGUCCCGAGGAGGUGGGACCGCGCCCGAUCAGAAGUUCGACGGCGGCGCAGUGGUGGGCGUCAAGCGAUUGCGGAGGUAGCGGAGCGGUGAGAAAUGCACGAAACUUAAUCUCAAAGACCUAGGCAUGAAGAUUUUGUAGCAUGAAGGCAUCGCUCGUAAGGAGCCAUAGUAGAUAGGGACCCUAGAAGAGAGAGAGAGAGGAGGCUUGCCCCACAGGGGACCUGAUAAGAAGACCUAAAUACACAAUGUUUACAAGUUGAAUUUGGCUCUAUUUUGAUUUGGUUUGAGGAGUAACCCAAUAUUAGAUCAGCGGGGAUAAACACGAGUGGAACGAUUUUUACGAAGUCCGUUCAGCUGCUUGGUUUCGCUGAUGAUAUUGAUAUUAUUGCUCGUAAAUUUGAGACGAUGGCGGAAACGUACAUCCGACUAAAGAGUGAUGCCAGACGAAUCGGAUUAGUCGUUAAUGUGUCGAAGACAAAGUACAUGAUGGCAAAGGGCUCCAGGGAGGAAUCACCGCGCCCGCCACCCCGAAUUUAUACCGACGGUGAUGAAAUCGAGGGGGUUGAAGAAUUCGUGUACUUGGGCUCACUGGUGACCGCCGACAACGACACCAGCAGAGAAAUUCA